AUGCGCCGCCACGGGGUGUCUCCCGCCCAGGGGCGCCUCAAGUCUGGUCAUGCGCCGCCGGGACCGGACGGGUCCUCCGGGACCGCCCGCCGGGGGCUCCUGUGGACCGGCCUGGCGCUGGCGCUGCUGGCCCUGCCGGACGCGCUGGUGCCCUGGGUCCCGGCCGCGGCGCACCCUCUUCCCGAGCAAGGCCGCCUCCUCACGUUCAGCCGCAUAGUGCCCCAGCUCCGGCAAGCUUUUGGAUGGCGGAACCUCACCUGCCCGGCCUGCAAAGGCCUGUUCGCUGCCAUCGACUACGGGCUGAAGAAGGAGCACAGUGUGGCCUGGGUGGGCACCGUGGCCACCAAGAUGUGCAUGAUGCUGAAGAUAGCACCGCCUGCAGUGUGCCAGUCAGCCGUCCAGCUCUUCCAGGAUGACAUGGUGGAGGUGUGGACACGCUCAGUGCUCAGCCCUUCUGAGGCUUGUGGCCUGCUCCUGGGCUCCACCUGCGGGCAUUGGGAUAUCUUCUCAUCUUGGAACAUCUCUCUGCCAGCUGUGCCGAAGCCAGCCCCCCACCCACCCAGCCCCCCAGCCCCAGGGGCCCCUGUCAGCCGCGUCCUCUUCCUCACUGACUUGCACUGGGACCAUGACUACCUGGAGGGCACAGACCCCGACUGCGAGAACCCGCUCUGUUGCCGCCAGGAUUCUGGCCGGCCACCUGCCUCCCGCCCAGGUGCCGGAUACUGGGGGGAGUACAGCAAGUGUGACCUGCCCCUGCGAACCCUGGAAAGCAUGUUAAGUGGGCUGGGCCCGGCUGGCCCUUUUGAUAUGGUGUACUGGACAGGAGACAUCCCUGCCCACAACGUCUGGCAUCAGUCUCGACAGGAUCAGCUGCGGGCCCUCAACACCAUCACAGCGCUGGUGAAGAAGUUCUUGGGGCCGGUGCCUGUGUACCCUGCUGUGGGCAACCACGAGAGCACACCUGUCAAUGGCUUCCCUCCCCCCUUCAUAGAGGGCAACCAGUCUUCCCGCUGGCUCUAUGAGGCCAUGGCCAAGGCCUGGGAGCCCUGGCUGCCUGCUGAGGCGCUUCGCACACUCAGAAUUGGGGGGUUCUAUGCCCUUUCCCCACGCCCUGGCCUCCGCCUCAUCUCUCUCAAUAUGAAUUUUUGUUCCCGUGAGAACUUCUGGCUCUUGAUCAACUCCACAGAUCCAGCUGGACAGCUCCAGUGGCUGGUCGGGGAGCUUCAGGCUGCUGAGGAUCGAGGAGACAAAGUGCAUAUAAUUGGCCACAUCCCCCCAGGGCACUGCCUGAAGAGCUGGAGUUGGAAUUAUUACCGAAUUGUAGACAGGUAUGAGAACACCUUGGCUGGGCAGUUCUUUGGCCACACCCACGUGGAUGAGUUUGAGGUCUUCUACGACGAGGAGACUCUGAGCCGGCCGCUAUCUGUAGCCUUCCUGGCACCCAGUGCCACCACCUAUAUUGGCCUUAAUCCUGGUUACCGGGUCUACCAAAUAGAUGGCAACUACUCCAGGAGCUCUCACGUGGUCCUGGACCACGAGACCUACAUCCUGAACCUGACGCAGGCCAAUGAGCCGGGAGCCACACCACACUGGCGGCGCCUCUAUCGGGCCCGAGAGACCUACGGGCUGCCCAACGCGCUGCCUGCAGCCUGGCACGACCUGGUAUACCGCAUGCGAGGUGACACAAAGCUAUUCCAGACCUUCUGGUUUCUCUACCACAAGGGCCACCCGCCCUCGGAACCCUGUGGCACACCCUGCCGUCUUGCUACUCUGUGUGCCCAGCUCUCUGCCCGCUCUGACAGCCCGGCUCUGUGUCGCCACCUGGUACCGGAAGCAAGCCUCGCUGAUAUCCAGAGCCUGCGGCCUCGGCCACCAUUUUGCUAGUGCCUGAGGGCCCAGAGUUGGGAAAGUUCUGUCUUGGGAAAGGCGCAGGGAACCCCAGGAAGCCACUAUGACGAGAGGAGUGUAGGAGGAAAAACGCAUUCCCGGGCCCAAGCACUCUAGGGAAACAGGACCUCCUCCUUUUCUGGAGCUGCUUGGCAAGAUAUGGGUGAGGGCUGGCUGCUCUGGCUCUGCCCACCAUCCUAACCACCCUGGGGCUGCUGUCUUUUCCUGGCCACAGAGCAGAGAUCUAAGUUGGCCUUCCUGGGCAGACCACACACAGGAGCUGUCACCUCCGACCUGUGCUGGCCAGCCCGGAACCCUGUACUGCUGCUGCUACCUGAUUACCAGGCUGUUAAAAUAAAGACAAGAGACUUGUACCCCCAAAGCCCUCUGUGACUAUCCCAUUUCCUUCUUUCCAGGUA